UCGCCUGCAUGCACGAGUCGCGUCAGCAACGUCGAACUGAAAACAACGCGACUUUUGGCCCGGAAAAGUGAAAAGCCAAAAGGCGAAGCGCAAACGACGAAAUAUCACGCAUACGCCGCGUUGAACCGAAAAGAAUUGCAAGUGAAGUGAUAUGAAAAGAAACUAAGGGCAAAAAGAGUUUACGCCUUGGCUCGUUAGUAAAGUUUUUGCCUUUUUGGGCAGUUUACGAGCGGCUCAGCAUAAAUUGCUGGUUCCACAUAAUCCACAUCCACCGACACCGCCGCCACCUCCGCCUCCGUUGCCCAUUUCCCAUUCGCACGAGCGUAAUGAGGCAAUGAGACGCGGGGCAGCCGGAAAAGCAACAGCGGGAAACUCAGCCGAGGAGCCAUGACAUCUGGAGUCAGCCGGAGUCUGGAGCUUUGGCCUCUGCCCGAGUGAAGAGACACCCCCCCCGCCCCCCAGACCCCGCAAACCACCAGCGAUGCUGCGCGAUAUCUUUCUGUAUUUAGUUCUAAUCGUUUUAUUUUGCUUCAUUUUCAUGGCGCAGUUAAUCGUCAACGUUUACGCCUUCCAACGCCAGCCGUCGCCCCACAAAGCGGAGCGCAAUGAAAUUAUAUUUGUCUAGAAAGGAGACAAGCUCUCAAGACAAAAGGCACCGGGAAUAAUGCUUGUCGCACAAUGAAAACUCAUUCUAAUGAAGUAACUAACGAAUAUAUAAAAGUAUUAAAUAUAUCUAAGCAAAAUAUAACGCAUAAAGCAUA